UUCAAUUGAAAGUCUUGGUGGGAGAAUGCAUGAAGAGAGACUUUCAUGUUAGUAACCUGUCCAUCUUCGCUUGAUGAAUGAAAAGCUUUCUCAGCAACCAGACACUUUUGUCUUCAAUGGAAACAGAACACUUGCACAGACUUCACCGUACCAAAUCCUUCUUAGAGCCGGCUCGCAUCUCAAACUCCUCAAACAAGUCCAUGCCCACAUCAUCACCACCGGCCGGAACCACCAUCUCCCGCUGCUCACUAAGCUUGCCACCUCAGCCAUCAGUUCUGGCGCCAUCCUGUACGCCCAGAAGCUCUUCCUCUGUGCUCCAACUGUUGACGGUUUUCUCCUCUCUUCCCUCAUCACCGCCGCCUCAAAAUCCCACUUCCCACUCCAAACCAUCCUCUUCUAUCGCCACAUGCUUGCGCGUAACAUCUCCCCUACUAACUACACAUAUACUUCUGUGAUUAAGGCUUGCGCUCAAUUACAGGACCCGAGAACUGGUAGAGUUGUUCAUUGCCAUGUUUUGACUAAUGGGUUCAGUUUGGAUCAAUUUGUUCAAGCUGCAUUAGUGAGUUUUUACUCUAAAAUUAGGGAAUUAAAAUUUGCGAGGAAGAUGUUCGAUGAAAUGCCCCAGAAGAGUAUUGUCUCGUGGAAUUCUAUGAUUUCAGGUUAUGAACAGAAUGGAUUUGCAGAUGAAGCAAUCAUGCUGUUUGCUAAAAUGAGAGAGUUAGGUGUUCAGUUUGAUUCUGCUACUCUUGUAAGUGUGUUAUCAGCUUGCGCGGACACGGGGGCACUUGAAUUGGGAAGUUGGGUUCAUGAUUAUGUGAAGAGCAGUCCGAUUAGUUUAGAUGUGGUUCUUGGUACUGCGCUGAUUAAUAUGUAUGCCAAGUGUGGGAAUGUGAGGAAAGCUCGGGGAGUUUUUGAUCUAAUGGAUGAGCCCAAUGUCAUGGCUUGGACUGCCAUGAUCUCAGGUUAUGGAAUGCAUGGUUUCGGUAAAGAAGCUAUUGAUUUAUUUCGACUGAUGAUAAAUCAGGGAAUCUAUCCAAAUGAAAUUACUUUUGUUGCUGUAUUGUCUGCAUGUGCUCACGCUGGGCUAGUCCAGGAGGGCCGUGAGGCAUUUGCUAUCAUGAAGAAUUAUGGUAUGAUGCCGGGCACAGAGCAUCAUGUUUGCAUGGUUGAUAUGUUUGGGAGGAUGGGUUUGCUCAGUGAAGCAUAUCACUAUAUCAAGGAUCUGUUUCCUUUCCAGCCAGCACCGGCAGUUUGGACUGCUAUGCUUGGGGCUUGCAAAUUGCACAAAAAUUAUGAUCUUGGUGUAGAAGUUGCUGAUAAUCUUUUUGCUGCGGAACCUGACAAUGCAGGACACUACGUUUUGCUUUCAAAUAUGUAUGCGUUGGCUGGACAGAUGGAACGUGUUGAAAUGGUUAGAAAUGCCAUGAUAAGUAAAGAGUUGAAGAAACCAGUUGGUUACAGCAUCAUAGAGAUUGAUCAGAAGGCACAUCUUUUUAGCACUGGUGGCAUGCCUCACCCUGAGAGCAUGGCGAUACUUCAAUUCUUGGACGAAUUGGUUCAGCAGAUCAAGGCAGCAGGUUAUGUACCAGUUUCUGAAGCUAUUAUGCACGAGUUAGAGGAAGAAGAGAAGGAAUGUGCUCUUAGAUACCACAGCGAGAAGUUUGCUGUAGCUUUCGGACUCUUGAAAACAAGGCAGGGGGUUCCUAUUCGAAUUGUGAAAAACUUGCGGAUCUGCGAGGAUUGCCACAUGGCUAUCAAGUACAUUUCAUUAGUAUCCAAAAGAGAAAUUUGUGUUCGAGACAAGCUUCGCUUUCAUCAUUUUAAAGAUGGCUCCUGUUCUUGCAAGGAUUUCUGGUGAUGUACUGCUGGAUCAACUGUCAAGAAUUUAGCAUGUUUCAGCCUAGAUUGACAUGAGAGUUACUUAAAAAACUUGUCCAAAUUUUUCCAGUUUGCUCUUACAACAAAAUUUACCAACACGGAUAAUAAAAUUUGUAAUAUUAGUUGUAUUUUGGCACAA